AUGGCUUCCUCUCCUGAUUCAAGCAGUACAGUAGUUAGGCGCCAGCGGCCAUGUAACACUCCGUCUGCCGCUGCUGCACGCGCACGGACGUCGCCUCGCCCCUUCUUGCCCCAGCCGUCUCCUCCCGUUAGUAGUAGCUCCGAUGCUUCUCGCCCUCCCCUUCCUCGGGUGCCUGUCCCCGCUUUCCCGGAGCGUAAGCGCCCGCAGGGUCAGCUGAAGCGCAACGCGGAUGCUCAGCCACCAUCCCCUCGCCAUCGCAUGACGAAGAAAGUACGUAAGGCGAUCACCGUGAAGGAGAAGCUGCACUGGUUGAAGCUGCAAGACUCUCAGCCCGACCUGGGGAAUCGCGCCUUGGCGAAGCUCGCGAAGGUGCAGCCCUGCCAGAUCCGCGAAUGGAGGAAGAUGAAGGAGCGGCUGGACGUCGCAUCUGGCUGCCGCCGUCGCCUCAUGGGAUUUGGCCGCAAGGCGAAGUAUCCGUUCAUGGAACGGGCGGUCUACCGCCACUUCCUCAACCACUGUGCGAAGGGCCUCGCCGUUUCGGUCCGCAUGCUCCAACAGUGGAGCUCCAAGUACAUGACGCACCGCAUGCCCUCGGUGAACUGGCGCGCGUCGUUCCGCUGGGCGACGCGUUUCCGCUCGCGCUGGCACUUGGCGAGGCGGGUGAAGACGAAGAUGGGGCAGAAGUUGGCUGCCGGGGUGGUGGUCCGUGCACAAGAGAAGGGGUGGAUGGACGAAUCUCUGGUGCAAGACUGGAUCACCCAGCUGGUUGACGACGAGCUCGUCGUCAACCCCUUCUACGCCGAGGCCCCCGUGCCGGCCGAGGAGGUGCAGCCGGCAGAGGAGGAUGUGGCCGCAGAGGAGGAGGAGGCGGCGGAGGCGGCGGCGGCGGCGGAAGAGGAGGAGUGGAACACGCCUGAAGAAGGCGAGGAGGCGGGAGUGUUCAACGACGAGGAUGAUGAGUGGUGGCGCGCCGGCCGCUAUGACGGAGAGGAGUGUGAGGAAUGGGUCGCAGAGGACGAUGAGGACACUAGAUAG